CACUAAAGUGGGCCUUAAUCAGCACCUUGAAUUCAGUGCUGUUCAUAAUUGGUGCUUUAUCUGCUCGCGAGACUUCAAGAACGCGAAUGCACUUUUUAACCACUCGAAGUCCCCUGUUCACAAUGCCCCCACCCAUCGUUGUCCUUUUUGCACUAAGAUGUGCAAAGUUCCGUCUGGAACAGCUCAUCACAUCGAGUCUGGUGCUUGUCACCACAUCACACGACAUCAGGUCACUGCCGCUGUGCAUUCUAUGGGGAUCGUCCCAACGAUCUCCGUAUCGCGCCGCCUCGAGGGCCCUUACGUACCGCCGACCAUCGUUCAUUAUUCUGCGACAGAACAAUCGUUUAACGGCAAGGCAUUCCAGUGCUAUCUCUGCCCUCGCUCCUUCAAGUCGCUCAGCUCCCUCAACACGCACUUGAACUCUGCCGCCCACGAUGACGACGAGUUCAAGUGUCCGAAAUGCAAGAGACAGUUUGCACUGAUUUCAGGAUUGAUACAGCAUAUCGAGAGCGAGGUCUGCGGGGCGGCAAGGAUUAGCCAGGUGGAAGACUUUGCGAGUGAUUUGGCGGGUCGGUUCUCUAGAGCGCUGAAGCUCUGACGUGGCGCUCGUUAUACCAACAUUCUUCAAUUUUCACCCAGAUAUACCGCUGUAUAUUGCAACAAUUCCUUGUAAAUUUCGUCUAACACCAUUGUACCGAUUGUAUUUGUACCGAUAUUGUACUUGAU